GGGGGUGUGUCGAUUCGGAGACAAGUGAAACAAAACAUUUUGCAAUCGUCUUGUUCUUGGUGUUUAAUUUUUUAAUUCGUAAAUUGAAUACCUGCUUCUCACUUAUAACUAUCAUAAUUCGAUCCGCCGAGAGAGUAAAAAUUCUGAGUAAAUUAACAAAAAUUAUUAUCAAGAGAGUAGACAUCAAAAACUUUUGUCAUAUGGCGUCAACAGAGGCAUUGCUUAAAAAAUUAGCACACGCUUUGCAAAAUUAUUUUGAAAAGCUUUCUGAACUAGAGCAUAGUUUUGAUUCCUCCAAAUUAACUCAAGAACUAGAAAUUAUGGCCAUGACCAUCUUCUGUUCCUCAACUAUAAAUUCUGCUAGGAUUUUUGACACAACUAAGAAUUUUGUAUCUGAAAUGCAGCUUUUAGUGCAAACUUUUUACACAAGAGUGGACAAUAAACUGGAAGAAUUUCCCAAAGAAAAUUUUAUCAACGACGGAACAGACACAAAUGAGCGCUCUGUCUGGAAAUCUGAUAUUGCAGGGGACAGUGACAAUAGCAUGGACAUAGAUGAUCCAAAGCCAGCCGUUGAUUAUUGUGUUUCUAAACAGAAAGCCUUGAAAAGUGCUCUUGACUCUACUCAUCAUUAUGAAACUAGACACCAGCGUAUGCUGAGAGCUUCCCAAGUGAAGCAGACUGACAAUUCUAAAAGUAAAGUCAACGGUUGCUCAAUAAUAACAAGGAAAGUUAGACAAGUUAGAGAAACAACCCCAGAACCUAAAGAGUGGCCUUGCUCUCUUUGUCCUAGGAUAUUUUCUGACUCGGAAAUAUGCAAUACCCAUAUUAAAUUUGCUCAUGGAGAAAGUAGUAGCUCAGAUCUUAAAACGAAGCUCGACAAAAACUCGCAAAUGGACAAAGACAGUGUUGAUAUUUUGUGCUGCUGCCAGUGCUUCCAUACUUAUAGGAUCACAGAGGAAUUCAAUCAGCAUAACUGCAAUUUGAAACCGGAGGAUAUUCAAGAGCUUGACCUUCCCAUUAAAGAAGGAAGUGACCGUCUCAUACGUCAUUGGGAGAAGCUGAUUACACUUAGUUUUUUAAUUUGUGGCCAGUGUUGUGAAGAAUACAGAAGUUUGGAGAGAAUGAUUUGCCACUUGGCAAAUUGUAAGCCUGGGCCUUAUUCUUGUGAAAUUUGUAAAAAUUCCUUUGACAACAAGAGAUUGCUGAACUACCACAAGAAGAAAACGCACCGGGACACGCUCAGUUUUUUCUGCGACCAGUGCAACGCUAGAUAUAAAAAUAGGCCAUCACUUCAGAAGCACUUAGUGAAAAAACACGAAAAAAUUGUGGACAACUUUGAAUGUGAUGAAUGCCCAGAGACUUUUGAUAAGAAAAUUCUUCUUACUCAACACAAAGAGCGCUUGCAUAAUCUUAUUAAAAAUUAUCUUUGUCAAGUGUGUGGGGAGGGCCUCAGUAACCCACAGAGCUUGAAAAUUCAUGUUGCUAGGCAUGUCAACAAAGAGAAAAAAUUCUGUUGCGAACACUGUGAUGCAAGAUUUACGAGGAAAGAUAAACUUGUAUUUCAUACUCGUACGCACACUGGGGAGAAGCCAUUUGAAUGCCAAGUGUGUUCCAAAAAAUUCAUAAGAAAAACAAAACUUGAUGAUCAUUUACGACGACAUAAGGGUGAAAAGAAUCAUGAAUGCGACGUUUGCUUAAAAAAGUUUUUUGGUAGUCAAGACCUUCGUGCUCACCAGAGGAGGACCCAUAAAUCAAAUUCGGAAAAUAUUGUCGAGGAAAAAGAAGACGAAGCGGAUUGUGAUGAAGAUCGAGCUACUACAGUUUUGGAUGGAGGCAACAAGGCUCUUGAUGCCGCUAGCAUAAAAGACGUCGUUCCCCAAGAAAACUCUCAAGAUGUUACCAUUAGAGACCCUGUUGAAACACUCACGCUCUCCUCGUUGGAAUCUUUCAUUCCAUCAUCGCAAAAUAUUGGGCCUACUCAAACUAUUUUGCACACACCAACUUCUCUUCCUAUGCAAAUCCUGGCUCCAACAGGAACGACGUACCAGUCUCAAACCACACAAUUUUAUCAAGUACCCCAAACCUUGCAGAUUCAGUUACCGAUUACAGUUUCUGGCACAUCACUUGAUUUUGUUGAUUUGUCACAAAUUGGUGGCCAGCCAAUAAUUCUUACAAAUUUUAAUGUGAACCCAGUGAACAAUUUGCAAUUCUGAUUUCAAAUUUGCUGUGUAAUAACCUAUUAUUGAAUAAAAUGUUGUGUUGAUGCUCCUUAAAAAUUAUAAA